AUGGCACUGCCCCGGCAUGACCUACAUUUGGCCCUGUGAGCAGCUCGUCAAGGCUCAUUCGAUCGUGAAUAGAGGCUCAGCAGACCUUCGCAACCCAUGCCACGAGGUCUGCAGCAACUUCAUGCGCCAGCGCUAUCGACCGCCCUUAGCUCUCUCGCUAGCCGAGCACAUGGACGAUCAGUCGAUGAGCCAUUCCGCUCGCGCUGCUCAUCUGCUGAGCGUCAAGUCUGUACCUGGAGUGGAGCUCGAUUGA